AUUCCGUGGUGAUGAUGGCGCUCUGUUUCCUUCAAGGCUUCUGCCCACAUGGAUUGCAAUUUCCGACAUUGAUUGUGUAUGCGCUACCUACUAUAUAAAUACUUGUCAAUUCAUGCGCUCGAUUGGGCUGGUCCCUAAGCUAAGCGCGCCCAUUUCGAUCUAAUUAUAGCCUACUGUCUAUACGCGCUCAAUUUUGAAAUCUUUGCUUUUGUCGUUACCCAUACCUAUGAUACCCAGCUAUCUACUCAGCACGCACCAAUCGUCCUUAUCUUAUUGCGCCAUUGUUUACUUGAGGGAGUCUUAGCUUGUUGACUCAUGAUGGAAAGCUCGUUUCCGAAUGUCAUGAAUCCUUCGGAGAGGAGCGACUUAGGGGCACCGCCGAUGGUUGUCCAGCAGUAUGCAAGGUAUCCACCUACGUUGGAACCUGGAUUACAUAGCGCUUCUUCCCUAGGCAGUGCUCGCAGCCGGAUGGCGGCCUCCAAAUCUCCCCCACUUCAUCGCAAAGCAACUCCACGCAGUAUUCAAUCCUCGCCGACAGUUUCGCGACCGGCCAUUCCCCCAUCAUCUGCUGCACGCUCGGGGCCAUCGAUGUCCCCUCCAGUGUACGAUCCUCUCCGCCAGAGGCAACCACCUAGAGAGUCCUUAGACCAAGCAGAGUCCCGAUCGCUGCCAUCCCGUGACAUUACAGAUGAAACCAUUGAUGACGCUUACGUGAUGUUCAUUUUCUAUUGUAAUCCAAAUGUGCCUCUGUCUGUAGACACUAGCGAGUUGCGAAAGACUUUCCGGUGUCCCCCACGGAGUGACGGCAAAAGCUUUAGUAUCUUCACGCUCUGGGAACUUAUUCGGAAACUAGACAGCAAAGAGUUGAAAACAUGGAUAUCUUUGGCAACCGAGCUAGGCGUGGAACCGCCUGAUUUGGAGCAGGGGCAAAGCACGCAAAAGGUCCAGCAAUAUGCUGUUCGCCUAAAGCGUUGGAUGCGAGCGAUGCAUGUUGAUGCUUUCUUUGAAUACUGUCUUGGCCAUCCUCAUCCUUAUUAUACUCAACUUCCCGCCAACAAUGCAGUGGUCAGCGAGAGCCGCGACGGAGUGCCUUUAGAGGAGGACCUUGCGUUACGCGCCCUCGUCCCUCAGUGGAAACCCAAGCGAGGUAGAAAGCGAGCGGACGAGAGGGAGGGUAUGAAUGAUAGAUUAUCCAAACGGCCACAGCUCGAUACCUCUGUGGGCAUCUUACACACGAGUACAUUCCCAGCUCACUCGGCGACUUUCCCUCAAAGUGCAAUUCCAUUUAGUGCCUUCCCUGAUGAGAUCGAGCCAAACGAUCCGUGGAUAGCAGCCACAUCCUCAUUUGGGGCGAAUGGCCCGUCAGGGAACCCAGUUGCUCAGCAAGGCCAGGAUCUUCGGUGGAGAUCAGUUGAUCGAGAGGCUUCACCUUCAAAUUACCCGCACUCUGCAAUUCUUCCUAGGGGUCACCAUCCAUCCGACGUAUUUCUGCCUCCUACGGAGCCUCGGUCAGCGGUUACGCCGUCGUCCGAGAAGUCGCGCCCUAAACGGCGUCAUGGCCCAGCUGUUUCAUCUGCCUGGCCGACCAACAAUGGAUCGUCUACUGGGAAAACUCGGGGACGACCUCCCGGUCGCGGGACAACAUCCGGCCCCUUUUCCUCUUUUCCAGUGAACCCUAGUCGCUCUGAGCCAUCCCAUUUACAUAGCUCCAACGCAAGACCUCCUUCCACUGUUUUAGACCAGGAUCCUUCCGGUCGCUAUUCCAACGCUCAAUACCAACAAUCUCCUACACCCUUUCCUGGCGGUAAUAGACCAAACAAACUUCAGCUGCAAGUCCCACAGCACCCAGGCGCGCCAGUCCGUCUCGCGACACCGCCAACACUAAUGGUGAAUGGUGUCAACAAUGCAUCAUUUAAAAUUGAGGGACAACAGCAUAACAGCGCUUCAGCUCCCCCGCACGACACUCCCGGUGCAGCAACGAACGCGCCAACUGGUGCACAUCGCAGUAUCAACCCAAAUGCGGACAUUUCGUCCGAUGAGCUCGUUCGUGUGCUCUCCAGUGACUUGCUGCGUGGAAAAGUGACUGGUCGCUCCACUCCUUUAAGUGCUGAAGAGGCCCGAACAAUCUCUUUGUCUAUGAGCGCUAAUCUGACUGCUUCGUAUUCUCAAUUGCCUUUGGGGAUGCCAGUUCUUUUGUCAGCUCUGCAUCUUGGGUUAGGGCAUCAUUUUGGCUACCCUGGCGUAACAGAGAGUGCGAUGACAAUAGAUAUUAGAACGGCGACUGCGCCUUCCAUCGAUGCACAAGUGGCAUCCAGCAAUGAGGAACGCUCAUCAAAUUCCACCUAUACUAUCGUCCAGGAAUAUAAGCAUGGACUUCGUUUCUCGACGAAGGUCACUUACGGUGAUUUCAAUAUCAACAAUCUGGAAAACAACAAGACCGGAAAUGCGCCCGGAGUGACAGAGGACCUGGACAAUAGUGUCGCAGAUGUGAAUAGCUCGACAGAUGGCGAAUUCGAAGUGGAUGGUGCAGAGAAUACUGUUCCUGAGAUGACCUGGAAACAACGGUAUAUAAAGCUUCGCUCCCAGAUGCAGAAAAAGGAGCGUGCCUUGUCCCAGUAUAAGCGCAAGAUUCUGGAGUCUGUAAUGGCAGACAUAUAAGCCAUUGCUACAGUGGUAGAAUUCAGUGCGCUGGAAGACUGACUACCAGCUGCUUUGUUGUGUUGAGCAUGUUAUCUCAUUUGCUUGCUUGAUAGCAAGCUUCGUUCUUUAACUGAUGUGAUCUAGACAUGAUCUUCCAUCUGUUUGCCUGGAAGCAUUCUGUUCUGUGUUUAGUUUAGGUUUCUUACAGAUACCCCUUGAGCGGCCUCGUUUCUUGUCUAAAUUAUAGCAUGUUUAUAGAGCAAUACCUAAGACUGCACUGAGUGCUCUUUGCA